CCAUGACGGCCAUCGCAGUGGCAUAAAAAAGAAGCAUUCUUGCGAGGACAGCGACCCUGCGUACGAGUUCCUCAUGAAGCGCAUGGAAGCGCUCACAUCUUGGGUUUCUGCGGACUUCGUUGCAAAGACCGCUGGGAACGAGGACCCAUCGGAAGAGGAGAAGGAGCUGCGCAAGGAAAUGUUCCAGAAAAGAUUCAACAAAAAUUUUCUGCGGGCCGCCGCGCUUGCGACGUUACGUCCCUUGGUUGCCGAGAAAUUGGUUGAGGAAAAAUGCUUUCGUCAACAAUGGAACAAUUACUUCCACCCCGAUGUCCUCGGCGGACCGGUCCCGGACAAAGGUAGUGCGCACAGUAGUGACAGCGAAGGCGAGAUGCUCGCUGUGGACAUCUCUCAGAAAUCGAACAUACUGAAGAUCGUGGGCGACGCCGAACACAAAAACACCAUGAUGGACACCGUGAACGACUUUGUCACGAAAUGCGUCAAGGCGGACAAGAUUCCGGACAAACUGGAAAAAGAGUCGCCAAAAGAGAAGGCUCAGCGAAUGCUCGGCGGGUUUGCGGACUCUGUGCAGACAUCUGCUGCCAAAGCAGGAGCACGAGCCAGAGAUGCAGGAGCGCGAGCAGUUGAUCCAGUGGCACGGCAAGCAGGGCGUGCGCGGAGCGCUGCCGGACACGGAGCUGAGCGUGCUCGACAAGCGGGAGGCCGUGUCGCAGACGGAGCUCACAAUGCGCGAAGCCGUGCCCGUGUCGGAGAACGUGCUACAGCAUUCGGGCGUUGGAUCAGUGGAAAAGACAAGCUGGAGGCUGCUGUAGAAGAUUUAGCACAGCUUCUAGGACACGACGCAAAAGUCGACGUGAACUGGUGGACUACGAAAACACACAAACAGUACAAGCUAAUGCAAAUAUGUUUUCAGAAGCAUCAUGAUCAGCAGGAGAUGCAGCAGCAGGAGCAGUCGGAGGACGUCGACAAAUUUGUCGCACGCAAAGCGCUGCAGGUCCUGGCCAGGUACGUUAGUCACUACCCUAAGGCAAUCAAAAAGCUUAAAGACGGCAAAUCGAAGCCGUUCAAUCAGCAAAAGGGUUUCAGUGCUAGUGAGUGGCUCAACGCAAAGUUUGGCGGUCGCUUCAACGCGAACUUUCUUCGGGCUGCAGUAUUCAUUGCGACAGAUGCCGCCAAAAUAUAUCACGAUAAACAUCAUGGCGAAGGUGAUGGUGAAAGCGAGACCACUGACACCGCGGUGGCGUGCGCAGCCUUUAGUGGCUUCACGUACGAGGACGGCCACUGCAAGGCGGACGCUCCAAAGGACAACGGUCCAAAAGCGAUCUCGACCGCACAACCGCACGCGCCCCAAUCUCCGGAGUCUGACCACACAACGGCCCCCGACCCCACGCAUUCGCACAACGACAACUGCCUGAAGAAUCUCUUUAGUCUGGUUGACGGUAUUGCAACAGCAGAAGCGAAACUGGAGAAGCUGCGUCACGACGCGAAAGCGCACGAUGAAAAGGCAGAAGAGCAGAAGACGAGGUUGGAAGGUGUAGUCGAGAAGAACCUUAAAGAGGUUACAAGAGAAUUGGAAGCGGCUACGAAAGCCCUUGUAGACCAAGUGGAGAAAAGCGGCGUGUUGCGCGGUGAAAUGAAAAAUGUCCACAAAGCCGCAGAUGAAGUUCAAGUCGAAGUCGCCGCUUCUGCUUCUUCCAUGAUCGAAAAAGCGGAGGCGAAAUCGGGGAGUGGCGGGGCGGCCUGGAAUGUCCAGGGUUCCGCUCAAGAAGAAGCAGUCGACCGAGAUGCGUUUUUUUUCACUGACGAAUCACUUCUCGACCAUGUCGACCCGGAGGAAGGAACGGCGGUGCCACCACCAGAGAGUUUUGCAGAACGGAAGACGUCGGCUGCGGCGGCGGUGGCAACUUCUACAUGGAAACCGUUCGUGUCCGGCGGCUCCGCUGGUGGCGAAGUUACGUGGAGUGAAAACGCUGGAAAUGACGAGCACGACCAGGAUGACACUAUUGACCGGAGCGAGCAGGGUCCUCUGGGUUGCGCGCCAGAGGAGAUCGUCGCUAAAGCCCGGUGAGAUGCAGUUUUUUGAAGAGGCUGUUGGGGAGUUCAAGCCACUCGGUGGCCGGCCUUGAGAAAAAUGUUCGCUUCUCCGGCACGUUCGAAAAAAAAAUUAAAAUAAAGAAUCAAAGGAAUCCGCUCCGAUUGCAUUGCGCGACUUCAGCAAGCAUACUAUUCUUGUGAAAGUCCAUUUUACUAUACAGUCUUUUCAAGCGCCACGCAUCACCGAUUUGACACAGAACAGCAAACAAACGCGAUUAGCAGCUAGUGGAAUUUUGAAACAUUUUUAGUAUCAUCUAAAUCUAUGGAGGGGACGACGGUUAUUGUUGAACAGGGCAACGUAAAAUAAAGAUAGACACCAGCAGAAGCAGUAUGAACGUCGACAAUAAAGUGAAUUCGCAUGUAAAUGUAUGAUAAUCAUGUGUGACUGUGAGAUUCAGAAUCAGACUCAGAUAGAUAGUGUAUCAAUAUUAAAAGCAUUCAAUGGACGAGAUUACAGGAACGUACAGAUAAUGGAGCAGUAGUGGUUUCAAGUUUUCCGGCUUCCCGAAGGUACAAGACUAAAUGUGCAAGGCCGGCGGGAUUUCUAUCGUUCGACGCAGUUUUUACGCUUAAAUACGCACUCACUUACUUUCGGAUUCAGACAUACAUGUUGUACCGGUACCUUUACUAAUGCGCACGAAGCUCGACACAGACACCAACUCUCAUACCCAGGAGGACAGCGUGGAAAGAAUCAGGCACAGGUAGAAAUCAGGUAGAGAUGCCGUCAGUAUGAGAAUAAAUAGCUCAACUUUAAUUUGAACAAUUUUAUAUUUAUUUACUUAACAUUUUAACAGACUCAAGAAGCAGAAUGAUUGCAACAGCUAGAUGUUUUCAAGUUAGUAUCACGCAAGAAUAUCAAGUUUGAGAAAAUUAAUUGUACACCUUCCUUAUUUUAUUAAUUUCAACGUCCUCGAGGAUUGAAGGAAAAAUGCUAACAUUUCGAAUCUUGUUACCGCUAGACUACUCACUGUACACACUUAGGCGAUGAAAAUG